AACAGAUUUUGGUAUCUCUCUCCUUACUGCAGGCAGAUCCUGAUAAUCUCUUAGAACAUUUUAUCGACAGUGGUUUAAAUUGUAACCUUUUAAAAAACGAUGGAAAGGAUAAAUAAGAGUAUAUUUAUGGAGCAUUUCAAAAAGGGCACAUGGACAAAGAAUACAUACAUAGUCUCUGAACUGACCAGAAGGAAUGGAGAUGUAAUUGCUGAUCAGUUUACACUUCAAAAUAGAAUCCAUGCUGAGAGUCAGUGUAUCACUCGCUUAAAACAAACUAUCUCUGUGGAUGAAGUCGUUUCAUUGACUUGGUACAUAUCAUGGACACCUUGCAAUGUCUGUGCAGAUGAAAUAAUAGCCUUUCUUCAUCAAUAUCCCAAUGUGACUCUACAGAUACAUGCAGCCAGGGUAUACUACCAUGAAAAUCAACUUAUGAGAGAAGGCCUGAGAAGGCUGAGAGAUAAUAAUGUGGCCAUAAGUAUUAUGGGAUGGAGAGACUAUGUCUCACUCUGGCAAACAUAUGGAGAUAGUACAGAAGAAAUAAGACGAAAUGAAGUAUAUGAAGGUAAUCCCCUGGACUUUGAAGACAUACUGACUACAAUUCUACAGCAGUAAAUGAAGACAAAUGAAGCUGACACCAGGCGCUGUUACUUAUAUUGUCUACACAGAAAUAAUGAAAUGAAACAAAAAUCUUAUUUGAAGAAAUUGUCUUUUCACUUGUGUAUGAAACUUCUCUUUCCUGCAGAAUAUUGAUUUCUCUCAAUUAAAUUUAUAGAAACAGGUGUGCGUGAUCAUUGUGGGAAAAACAAUCAUGUUAUUUAAAAUACUUAUCAGUGUAUUUGUAAUUAUGUUGUCUCUUUAUUUUACUUCUAAAUUAGUUUUAUCUCCUGGGUGCUGGCAGUCAUUCAUAAUUAAUUGAUACAAUCUUAUGAAAACAUGAAAUGUUACUUUUGUGUUUUAAUUGAUGAUUUAAAUAAAAUAUAUGGUUCAAAAAUC